UCCCCGAACUCUAUAAAGCCGUUUGCUUGGCCAGAUAGCAAAGUGUGGACUGCAAACCGGCGGUGGGCAAUCAACGAGCUGUGAAAUCCUCCGAUCGUACCGUAUCGUGUUGUGCCGCACCCGUGCAAAAACCCCUUUAAAAGCAUGAGCGAGAGACAAGGAUCUGGAGCCACAACUGGAAACACCAAAUCAUCUGGAGGACAAGAUGCCUCCAAGAAAGAUGUUCCGGAGGACUUUGACAUCGACAUGGGCGCCCCGGAGACCGAGAAGGCCGCCGUCGCCAUCCAGUCGCAGUUCAGAAAGUUCCAGAAGAAGAAGCAGGAAAGCAAGUCCUAAGGGGUGGCCUGGAGGUUUGACCUCCCACAGCUAGAUGGCGCUGUGGGAGCUCCACUUUGCAUGUUGAAGAACCACACGAUGCGGACUUAAGGGGCGGG